AUGACAGUAUCACCUGCUGUAACAUCUCCUCUUCGUAGCCGCGAAGGCUCUGUUGGGGACUCCAACUUUUCUUGGCAUCAAGGAACAGACUUCGAUCCGAGAUUGUCUCCGUAUGCUCGUGCCCCGCACUCUCCGCAUCAAACCACUGCACAUUCACCGUACUAUUCAAGAGGACAUUACGAUUACUGGUCUCAGGAGGCCCCAGGAGGCUCCUACUGGGGACCUCCUCCUCCCUACGAUGGAAGCGGGAAUGGAUAUGUUGAACGUUCGAUGCCACCACCACGAUAUGCUCGUGUGAGGCACCCAAGGCAACCCUACGAUGAUCAUCAAGGCGGCACUCUACGUCGGGUUCCAUCUUCACCCCGGGCCGCUUAUCCACGAGGACCAGCACAACCCAGCAGUACAGAGAUGCGAGAGAUGCGACAACCUAGCACACCGCGGAGCAACAAUUCCACGAAUGGAGAGAAAAAAAAGGGAGAUGGGCUGAGUAUUUUGGCAAAUGUUUCAGCUGAUAUGGGGGGAAAGGAUGGAAAGAAUGCGUCCCAGCAGCAGCGUCAAGUCCCUAUGCCAGCACCUACAUCUCCUCUUCAGCGGAGGUCGAGACCAAGUCCGAUAACACCUAGUCAGACUCCACAGGAUCGCCAUCGUCCUCCGCAACAUCCGGUGACUCCAGUUGCUGGAAGCAGACUCCAAGAGCACAUUUAUCCAUGUAACCAGCCGCCAGAUGUAGCAUAUCCUGACUAUCGCUCAAAUGCAUACGGUGGGGCAAAGCGCAGGGGAUAUCCACCACACUAUAACGACGUCGCAGCUCCGGGAUACCAUGAGAUGGGGGCACCGAUUGUAGUCGAACAAGGGGGAAGUUUCGACAGUCAAGGUGACACGGCGCAUUAUAGAGAGUAUCAGUACCCUCCACCACCGCUUCCUUUGUACUACGAUGAACAUCAACUUCCGUUUCGUGGAUAUUGGGAUAUUGGACAUCAUGGCCAUCAGCCUUUCAUCCCUCCAAAAUGGAACCAUGGGUCCUCGCCAGAAGCUUAUCAUCCACCAUAUGGCUACGAAGGAUACGACGAAGGUUACCCUCAUCACCGCCCUCCCCACGCUUCGCAACACCAUGCAUCUCCAUACACUUACGUACAACAGCCACGCCUUGAGGAGAAAACGAUUCUCCGAAAAAAGUUCUCUUGGAAGCAUUAUCCAGAGCUUGAACGUUUCUUGAUUGCAAAUCGCGACGAGUACUUAAAACACUCCAACAUGAACUAUACAGCGGAGCAGAAGCAGUAUAACAACUGGUUGACCGAGCGGCUCCUUGAAGUCGCAGAGCAGCAUCACUAUGUCUUUGAUCCGGAGGAUUUCAACUUUGUGGCCAUUCGCGAUCGUAUUAGAUGCUACUACAAAAGCUACGGCGGUUACCGGUGCUAUGAUCAUUCUCCAGCUAAUCGAAUCACCGUAGAGUCCCAAAGCAUCCUUGAUUUUGUGAAGCAAAGGCAAAGAAAGGAAUCGGACGAAUACAGCGUAUUCGAUAACGAGUCUGCACAGGUUAGAGUACCCAGAAUUCCGCUGGUGCCAGUACUACCAAACGAAAGAAGUCAUUUACAACAAAGGAAGCAAGUACCUCGUUCAUCUGUGGAUUGGUCCCUUCAAAUCCAAAACCAUGCGGAACUCAUCAAAAUGAAGCAGGGACCAUUUGCUGUGGACGAUAUCCCCACUUCGUCUCAAUUCUCUCGACUCACUCUCUUCCAUGAAGAUAUGCAACCAACAAUCAAUUCAAUCCCAACCACGAAGAAAUAUUUGAAUUCGGGCCUGCGUUCAUGUUCGAUGCCACUGACGACGGCCAGAUUUUCAGUUUCUGCCGAGCGAGUGCGGAAGUCGAAGAUGACCCGCACAGAAAACCCCCUGCCAGAAUUUUGUUUUGUGUAUUCCAGAGUAUCCCCAAAACCUGAUUCCAUCUUCAAUUUGUGUAUUCAUAACAACAAUCCCAAUCUCGAUUGGAGACGAGUCAGUGAUAUUGUCUCAGCUAACUCCAAGAAGAACGCCAUGGCAGCUUCGCACCAAGAACAGGUUGUCUCGAGAUUUGCUAGUCUUUUGGGGACAAAACGCAAUAAAGAGGUUUUGUCGUCGACUCUACGAGCCGCUGACACGGGAGAAGCAGCAUUACGAGACCUCGUGCUUUGUUUUUCCAAGACAGUGGAAAACCAUCAUGUGGUUUGCACGCUUCCUUCUCUUGAUAUGAGAAAAAUCGAGGAUGAAACGGGAUCAAACUUCCUUCCAAAUCUUGGAGAGCAUCGAGCUUCAUUAGCGAAGUUGGAUGCUGCGAAUCGGGAUGCCGUCCCAGCGAUGGAAGCCUCUGUUCUUGGUGUCAGCAACGCUGCAGAUGCAUCAGCCAAGGCUGCUCAGGUUGAACAGAAGGCUGCUCAAAGCUUAGGCUCACUGACCUCUUGGACGAAGUCAUCUGUUGUUUACGCACCUGGAGCUGUUUCCAAGAACGUAUCUGAUUCAUUCUCUUCUUUGGUCAAUUCUCGUGUUCAAGCGUGGACCAUUCUCCUUUUGAGGCAUUCCCUUACUACUGGUGAUUCCACUAGCCGCUCUCGACUAUUAAAUAUGCUUUCCUCCAGCAUUAAAGUCAUUUCCGGCCAGACAACAUUUAAGACACUAGCAUUACCAAAGGCUGCAAUGGGACACGCAAAGGACGCUGAUGUAAUUUUGCCAUUGCUCUUCGAGGUGGAGCUGAAAGUUUCAAUUCAAUCAAAAGAUGACACUGUUACUCUGAGAGCACCGGGAACAAUUUCCGCUAACUUUGACUACGAUGAGAAAGGAGGUUUGACAACCGUCGAUAUCGCCUUGGACACAGGGGUUAUGCUUGAUUCCAUGGUGCAGCAAGCGCGAAUGGUUGUAUUCAAAGCUGUUGCAAAGGCGACUUCUUCUGGGCAGCUGCCCUCACUCGAUGGGGAUAUGGAUCCAUCGAGUGUCAACAAACUACCUGUAGGGAAGAGCGAAGUCACACCAACUCUUUCUGGGUUUAGCAGUGCACUAAAUCUCUCUUCUCACAAGCCUCAAAAUCCAAACGACAAGAAUAUUCCUCGUUCAUUGUUGCAACAGAAGAGUCGCGCAUCAGCGUUGAAGCUUAACAGUGUUUUACAAGGCAGUUCAGCGAGCACACAAGGAAGUGGGAAUGCCACAUUCAGCAAGGGAAAGCAGACAAAAUCGGUACAAUGGGAUCAUAAUGCAGUGAUGGCAAAAGCCAAACCCGCGACGAAUCCUUCACCAAAGCGUCAGAGGCUGUCAAAUACGGAGGCCAAACUUCGCAGUUUCAAAUCUUUCGGAAGAGCGCAUGCUGGCGACUUUGGUUCUGGUCCAAGGAACGCUACCUUCGGUGACUUUGGAAGGAAACCAAUUUGGGGCCGCAAUGGUAGAAUGGCGAACGCUCCUACCCCAAUGCAACCUAAUUACGAGCACUCACAGGAUUUGAUGUCGACGACUCCGAAAUCACGAAAGAAUGCUACUUUUGAUUUGCAGAGACCACCGAUACACCUUUCAUCCGAUCUUAAAUUGGGAUCACUGCGCAAAAAUAAGACACAGAACAGCAGCGCAGGUUCUAACGCUAUUCCUCGAACAGCAACUGCCCAUGAGAAUUGGUUGGUGAAGAACACACUAGGAAACGCGUUAUAA